AUGGACGAGGAAGGUGUAUUGAACCUGGGCUGUCAGGUUCUGCCGUGGAUCAGCAACCAAGUCAUUCUUGUAGGGCAACAGACGCGUAAUACCGCUUAUGGCAUGUUGGGAUGCGAGUUGUUUGUUCUAUCUCAAUUGUUGAAGAUAUUCAAGAUUAUAGAUAAAGCGUGCUCAAUGUCGCGGAAUGAAGCUGAUCGCUUUCAGGCUCUGGGCAGAAUCCGCAGUUAUAAAGAUUCAACGAGCAAUAUUAGACAGACUGUGAUCAGAGAGAUACAGGAAAGCCUGACACAUUUUACGGAGCCGCUAUAUACGGAGGAAUACCAGGACGUUAACGAUAUCGGAUACUCAGGGUACCUGAACCAAGUCCUCUAUACUCAGUUACAGACCUACGCUAAAUGUGGCUGCUGCACUGUUCACUUGGAAUCGACUCAACUUCCUUUCUUACCUACGAACUUUCCAUCAUUCGUGCAGUGGAAGGCGUCGAUUGUGAAAGUCCCAAGACAGACUGAUUUCCAGAAGAGCAAGAAGAAGGUUGGGUUUGCAUCCUUAUAUUGUGAUUUAUUAUCGCUGAAACGCAAUAGCUCGCUCUUAUCCCAAAGAUUGAGACGGCUAGAGCGGGGGGAAUUCUGUAAGCCCGUGCAGUUUUGUAUUCAGUUAAAUAUGCUGCAACCCUUCUGUGCAUAUACUAUUGCCAAGUCCGUCUGGCAGUAUUAUAAUUCACCCAUUCAACUGCUAAUUGAAGAAACUGCAAACAUGGCCCGAGCGCCCUUGACAAGUGAAGAAUGCCCUCAUUCCUUCAGUGAAAAUGUGGUGAAUGACUACUAUACAAGCAAUUUGAGGGACAUGGCUCUAUUUGGUGGCGACUCCACACAACAGUACAGAGAUACGCAGCAGAUAAUGGCCCGACAGAACAAAUUGUCUGAAGCCUAUCAAGAUGACUGGGUCGCUCACCAUGUCAUUUCAGAGACUUUCAUUGCCUCACAAUUCCCCCAUCAAGCAGAUUUCACGGUUGAUGCUGUCAGUGCUUUCCUGUAUCGGAAUUCACCGGGAGACUCGAACACGUACACCCUCGGUCGAAUAGGUUGCUAUAAAACCGCAUUGAGUGUUGUGUCUCAAGCAUCCUCCUUAAUAUGGUCAACCUAUCCGAACAUUAAGCUCGCCCUCGUGGUCGGAAUCUGUGGCGAGAUCCUCCUCGGAGAUAUAGUACAUGAUUUCGGGCGAAGGAUUCCUGGGGCAUUUCUGCCCAAAGCAUUGGUUGCCGAUGGGUUGGGGCGGCCUAAUAUACAGACAUUCAUGGUACAAGAGCUUAUAACCCAGACGCUUGGCAAUGACAACGAACUCUACGAGCCAAGCUAUCAACAUAAACACCGUGGCAGUACUACUUGUAUCAGAUGCGCAGACUCGAGCAACACUACGGUCUGCGGCGAGAAUUUUGUGAAACGGAAAUGUCUCCAGGCUGCACUUAGAGAGGGGCAUACACCUUCUCCGGCAAUUUACCUAGGUCUCAUUGCAUCAGGGGAUACUGUUAUGAAGUCUGGGCAAGACAGAGAUAUUAUCGCUAUGCGUGAUAAUGCGAUAGUUCUGCCUUGUCUAGUGGUGAAGGGUGCUGCUACGCCGGGCUACCCACGGACCCCGGUGCAACUUGACUCCUCAUUCUCUGUAUCUUCGUUCAUCUCACUUCCUCCCACAUCCCACAUCUCAUUGCCUUCAACCCAGAUCCAAUCAGAUUCCAGCGCAAUGGUCCUCCGCCAGGAAAGAAAUCCGCUCACUCCAGAAUUCGACGCUCUCGUCGACGAAUUGCUUGGGGAAUGGCACAUUCCAGGCCUGGCCGUUUCGAUCGUACACGGUUCCAGCACCUACGCAAAGGCCUACGGUUACGCCUCCUUUCCCUCCACACCCAUGACCACCACCUCUCUCUUCACGACCUGCAGCACAACCAAAGCCUUUACCGCCGCCGCAAUGUCUUUAGCGAUCGACGAUAGCCAGUCCACUCCGCACCCAAUCUCCUGGUCUACGCCCAUCUCUUCCAUCAUCCGUGACGACUUUGUUCUUUCUACUCCUUCUGCUACCACCUACACUACAAUUGAAGACAUCUUAUCGCAUCGCAGUGGGCUCCCAGGCCACUUCUUUUCCAUCAACCUCGCUCAUCCGAAAGAGACUUUGCGCACCGAGGUCCGCAGGCUUCGAUGGCUACCACUGGCCUUUCCGCCACGAACCAAAUUCAACUACAACAAUCAUAUGUUCAUGGCUGCCACAUAUUUGUUGGAACAUAUAAACGGGGAGGGCCUCGGAACGACGCUGAAAAGAAGAAUCUGGGACCCACUUGACAUGAACGAUACAUAUUUCUCUACUGCCGAAGUGCAAAGGCACCCGAACUUGUCAAGGAGACUAGUCAAGGGCUACACCUGGAAUCCGGAAACACACGCCUAUUACGAAGAGCAAUAUAUCAACUAUGCUCCGAUCACCGGAACUGGUUCAAUGGUUUCUAACGUGAUGGAUUACGCAAAGUGGCUGCGCGCUAUGCUUUACCAGGCACCGCCUAUCUCGAAGGAGGGGCACACAGCACUUCGUAUACCCAGGACAGUCAUUGCCGAGUCGGAUUGGGAAAAUAUGCUCGCUCCGCCCGGUGCAUACCAUCUCUAUACCAUGGGGUGGUUUAUAGACUACUAUCAUGGAGAACAACUAUACUGGCACCCGGGUAGCUGGGCCGGAUUUGGGAUAAUGGUUGGAUUUUUGCCUGCAAAAGACUUCGCGUUUGCUAUGAUGGGAAAUACCCAAAACGCGAGGAUUGCAGAGUUAAAUUUGUUCUUGUACCUCAUCGACCAGCUGCUGGGGAAGAGUGGAGCCGACAGAGAGACCCAUGUGAGGAAGCUAGGGGCGAAGCUUAAGGAGAUGGAACGGAUGUACAACGAGAGUGUCGAAAGUGUGGUAGCACGGUUAUACCCGAACCUGAAAAUGAGGUUACCACUUUCAUUGUCGCUGGGAGCAUAUACAGGUACAUAUGCGCAUCCUGGAUACGGAGAGUUUGAGGUCUGUGAGAAGAGCGGCAAGUUGGUCGUUGAUUUGAGAGACCGUGUGGGGAGCUGCAGUAUGCGGUUCGAGCAUGUCAGUGGAGAGUUCUUCGUCGUCAAGUACUAUAAUCCUGAGGCCGAGGCUGUGGGACCAGACUAUACAAAGGCUGAGUUUUAUGUUGACGAGCAGGGAGUACCGAAAAGCCUGGGGUUAGAUCUGGAGUCCGUUUUGGGUGAGAAGAUUUGGUUUCGAAGGAUGGAGUAA